GUAGACCGGACUUGCAGCCAGAGUUCAAAUAUCUCAUCUUGCCGUGAGCCAUAUCAUAAUUUUCUACCGGAUGUUGUUUAGCAGUGAUUUGUUUACUGAAAUUACCAUAGCAACGCAUACCAUCGUGCUGGCUUACCUUUGCGGUCACCCGCAUUCUUCUUUUUUAAUAAAUAAAAAACGCUUUCUUGUCCCGAAAUGCCGACUGGUAUGGCAGUUUUUGCGUCCCUCUUCUAACGCAGCAUAACGACCAGCCGUCCCACUUGUAAUUAUUUUGGAAUAUUCGGUGAGGGUUGUUGACGUCGAGAGAUGCUACUAGCCUCAUGAAUAGCCAUCUCGAGACAACUCAAAGUUGCCGGGGUGUCACGUGUCCUACUUAUAUCAGUACAAUCGUAACAACAUAAGCAUUAUAUUAUAUCAAAUAAACCUCGCGUGGCAAAUAAGACAUUCACUGUUUUGUUUAGCAAAUUCGACACUGGCCUCCAUUCUAAAAAUAAAAAAAUAUGCCACCUGCUGGAGGGAGACAGAUUUUCCGCCGAGUUGGGCCUCUUCCUCCUCUCUGGGAAAACCAAAGUUUUGACAGGAACUAAAUUCCAAAAUGGGGAAGGUACAGGUAGCUAACUGGGAUAGCCGACUCGCUCAGCGUUGGACUAAGCUCAUUGUUUACAUAUCGGCCAGGGAAGGGAUUUGAUGGUAGGCCUGCAAGCGGGGUGACCAGUGCCUGUUAUACAGGCAGUAGAGUAGGCCAGGAUGCCAGAGAUGACAGAGAACCAGACUCCUGGCCAUAAACCACGAAAGAAGAAAAACAAGGAAUCUCACAAUGCAGUUGAGAGACAGCGAAAAGAGAAGAUCAAUGCUGGAAUUAACCGUAUUGGGGACCUUCUACCAUGUUCCCAGGCACUGAAGCAGAGUAAGAACAUGAUCCUUGACCAGGCCUACCUUUACAUAAGUGAGCUGCAGAAACAAAAUGACGCCAUGCUUCUCGAAGGGGGAGAACGAGUACAAGUUGAGGAGAUCCGGCGGCUGCGGCGUCAGCUGGACGAGCUGCGGAGGGAGAGCGGCCACUACAUUGAGUUGCUCAAAGCCCACGACAUCAACUUCCUGGACGACCCCACCGUCCACUGGAAGGGAAAGCUGCGCUGUGCAAAGGUCGCCAAAGUAACGCCCACUCACCAGCUACCCAAAGGAAUUAUUGUCUACUCCAAUGGGAAUGUGAUAUGCCCAGCAGGGAAGGAACCUAGUCCAGCUUCCGAUCUGGGGAAGCAACCAGUCAUGGCUGGGAUUGUUCAGUCGUCUUGUGACAUCACAGCAGGGGUUAGGGUGAACGUGGCUCUUCAGCACGUCAGUGUCCCUUCCUCUGCCCCUCCGCUCCUCCCUAAGGCAACCCUAGCCCCUAUAGUGUCUACACCUGGCAUGAAGCUGGUGGAACAGUGUGUAGAAGAGGUACCUUUAGCCCCCAAACUACCCCCCUCUGUGUCCUACAUCACCCUCCAGGGUAUCUGCCCACUCCCCACGGUCACUGCAGCCUUGCCCCAGCCUGCCACCCCAGCCCCUAGUCUCCCCGUUGCAGCCAGUUUGACCACCCCACUCUCGCUCCAUCCUGUCCCCAGCUUUACAGCCCUUCCCCAGGUCAUAACCACCCAGAACGCUGCCACCAGGACUAUGAGCUAUACGACUAUCAACAGCAGCCCAACCGUCCUCGGGGCCAGUGCAGCAGGGAGCACACAGACCACCUGGACUACCUUACAGCUGGCUGGGAACACAGUGCAACCUGUCUGCCAGGCACUCCCCACCCCAGAGACUAGCACCUCUGGGCAGCAGAGUAUCCAACAAAUUGUGGGCACUAAACUAUCAGUUCAACCCAUUCAUAUUCAAAUGAGGCCACAGGUAACCAUACAGCCCCAGGCACCCAUCACUGCCCAUAUCCAAGCCCAGCCUUCCAUCCAGAGGACACCCCAGCUACGGCCAGCUAUCCUGGCCCAGCACCAGCCCCAGCCAGUCAUGGCUUCCCAGCCACACUGUACUGUCCUCCCUCAGUCAGCCAUCAUGCCCCAGCCUGCUGUGGUAGCCCACUCAACUAUGAUAUCACGACCUCAACCUGCUGUACAACAACAGGCAACAGUCCCCUCCCAUCCACAGACUGUCCUCAUGACUCAACCCCAACCAGCUAUGCUUCCUCAGGUCCAGGCUCAAGCCCACCCCCAGGCAGCUGUUAGGCCCCUCCUCCAGACCAUGCAGGUAUUGCAAAUGAACCCUACUGGGACAGCAAAUGCUGGGGUAACGACUCCCCAGAACACUAACAACCCGAGUGUUGUCAUCCUACAGCAGGCCAAUCCCUGCUCAGCCCAGUCGGUUGUCAGUGACGACUUAACCAAUCAGACGCCUUGUCAGCACAUCGUCAUCAUCCAGGCCUCCAAUCAGCCUCCACCUGCACCUCCUCAGAAACCUCAGGUUGUCAUGGUGCCCGCAGCAGCACCCAAUCAGAUUGUCGCUACCAGCUCCACAACUUCCACCACUGGGCAACAGAUCGUUGGGGGUAAACAGUUGGUUCACAUUCUACCACGUCCCGUCCCUCAAACCCAGACACCCCAAGCCCCCCCGGUUCCCCCGAACCCUCAGACCAUCACUGUGAACGGGCAGGUGUUUGCCUUGCAGCCCAUGAAGACCUCUGAAAAGUCAGGCUGUAAGGGUGGCCAGAGCAGUCUCCAGCUGAUCCAGCCCAGCACCGCUGAGGAGCCCAGCACCACUAAGGAGCCCACCACCAACAUGCACACCCUGGGAGCCCUCAGCAGUCUCAACCAGAGCAUCUCACAGGACAUGCCGUCGUGCAUCUCCACCCAGAGUAAUGUCCAGCGAACCCUAGCCUCACCAUCCUACUCUAUAGUGCCACAGCAGAAGCCAUCUUCUGUCCCCAUUUUAGCAGCUCCACACAGUUCCCCCGUCAGGCAGAUCCAGAUCCCCAGUGUGACUCCACACAGACCAGGGCUGGCGAUGGGUACAGGGAAGGCCUUGUGGAGUCAGCCUGAAACAGCCUCAGUGCCCAGACCUAAGAGGGCCAUCACCAAGAGGACCAAGUUAGUGAGUAAGAAGGAGCCCAAACAGGGACGGCCUGUCAUUAUCUCAGCGAAGCCAGUGGCUUUAACAGGGGACCGUCUGGAACAAGAGGUCCCUGUGCCUCAGGGAAUCCCAUCCUCUGUUGCUGUGACAGUUCAGCCAAAGCCACUCCCUGUCAGCACUACAGCUAACACACCCACAGUUAGUAGUAGUGAGGCUUCAACACAGACCAGACCUGUUGAGCUUAGUAUCAACUCUACACUGUCCUCUCCUGAAGGUAAUAGUGUGACUACUAGUUCAUAUAGUGGACCAACUGUCUCCAGUGAAUGCACCACACAGAGUAAAACCUCUGUGACAAGUGUCACUCCGUGUACAGCAGCAGUUAGUAGUAGUAGUAUUUUUAGCUCCACACAGAGUGAACUCAUUAUCACUAGUGUUGUGAGUCUAGCUACUGUCACUUCUGCAGCAGAUAAGCCUACAGUCACUUCUACUGUUUCUUCUCAGAGUAAACAACCUGCGGUCGCCGUUAGUGACAGGUCCACUCACCUCAGACUUACAGACACUUCUACUGUUUCUUCUCAGAGUAAACAACCUGCGGUCGCCGUUAGUGACAGGUCCACUCACCUCAGACCUACAGACACUUCUACUGUUUCUUCUCAGAGUAAACAACCUGCGGUCGCCGUUAGUGACAGGUCCACUCACCUCAGACCUACAGUCACUUCUACUGUUUCUUCUCAGAGUAAACAACCUGCGGUCGCCGUUAGUGACAGGUCCACUCACCUCAGACUUACAGACACUUCUACUGUUUCUUCUCAGAGUAAACAACCUGCGGUCGCCGUUAGUGACCGGUCCACUCACCUCAGACCUACAGUCACUUCUACAGUUUCUUCUCAGAGUAAACAACCUGCGGUCGCCGUUAGUGACCGGUCCACUCACCUCAGACCUACAGUCACUUCUACUGUUUCUUCUCAGAGUAAACAACCUGCGGUCGCCGUUAGUGACCGGUCCACUCACCUCAGACCUACAGUCACUUCUACUGUUUCUUCUCAGAGUAAACAACCUGCGGUCGCCGUUAGUGACAGGUCCAAUCACCUCAGACCUACAGUCACUUCUACUGUUUCUUCUCAGAGUAAACAACCUGCGGUCACCGUUAGUGACAGGUCCACUCACCUCAGACCUACAGUCACACAGAACAGACAGCCGGUCAGUACUACUAUCAGCACUGUGCAAACUAGAUCAGCUAUCACUAAUGGCAGUUCUAGACAGAGCAGAUCUAUCGGUGCCUCUUCCACAGAGACUAGAUCUAGGUCUACGGGUGUGAUGUCUUCAGCAGCAUGUCAACCCUCAGUUAGCACUGUAAACUCAAUAGGAAAUAGACCAGUGGCGUCUCUCCAGUCUGCUCAGCUCACUUUGUCAUCACAGGGUCAGACCAAGCCAGCCAACAGCCAGGAGUCUCAGCCUACAACCCAGACCCAGUCCCAGCCCGUGGCUUCUCCUUCGGGCCCCUCCUCUCCAACCCCCUGUUCUGGCACCCUGUCUUUUGCCUCACCCUCUGUAACAGUCCCCAUGACCAUGCCAUCAGAAUACAGGAAAUGGGUCCCCUAUAACAGACCCUCGACCCAGCAAAUGACCAUGCCCACUUCCACACCAUCCCAUCCUGCUGAGCUGAAAGUGACAGCAGUGUCAGGCAGGGAGAAGGAACCUCGGGCAGAAGGCCACCCCAGCGCAGCGAUGGAGAAAGCGAGCGUGAGGAGUGAUGCUGCUCCCUCUAGAAUGGACUACACUCUCCCACAGCAGGUGUACGUGCUAGACCACGAACCCUUGGAUCAGCCUCCAGCUCCUAACAGACAGACUGACUCGCUCAUGUCUGGUGGCGCAGGUGGUGGAAGGGGCUUCUCUGUGGCGUCUAUGCUUCCCACAGGCCACAGUGUCAGUUCCUCGCCUGGUCAUUUUGGACCGUUUACUUUUGCCAGCGAGCAGACUGAUAUCCUGGCUAUGUUGGAGCAGGACAGUCCUGGGAGGAGGGUGGGGGGCUGCACCGUGGACAACUCCACCUCAACAAACACCCCAACACCUGCAUGGGAACCCAACUCCAAGUCCCAGCAAGCCUCCAACAAUAAAGAGAGGAGUGCUGGACAACAGACAAAGCUCACCAAACAGAUGGAGACUCCAGUGGCUAAACAGGUGUCUGUUAGGGUCCAGGCUGGAGAUCAGACAUCCGCAGUCAGACAUCCACAGAACAUCUCCUUCUCCCAGUCCCACUCUCACCCCCAGAGCCAGGCCCAGUCUGGUACUUCCGGCACCCUCAGCGUCAACAAUCUGAUCCGGCCCAGCUCCAGCCAACAGCAGGCCUACCCAGGCUCCCUCAGUCUGGCUGGGCAGCAGGGCUCAGUCCCAUCCCCUGCGGGGAACUCAGCCCAUGUUUCCCAAACCUCUACCUCUGUCCUUCUUCCCUUCUCAGGUUCAGUCCAGCUGAACGAGUACGCCCCCCUGAUGAGGGUGGGUGAGCCGCGAUACAUCAAGGACUUUUCCAAGAGGCCAGCCCAGGAUGAUGUGAUACUGUCCAGCAGUAACAAGCGACAGAAGACCUGCUCGUCGGCCUCUAACGUGGGCCGCAUGGAGGUCAAACCCCUGGACCACAGCCAGAUGAUGGUACCCCAGCUACCCCCUACCACCUCAUCCAUCAUGACCAGGAUCAACCCAGACGGAGUGGGUACCCUGUUCUCGGGCAACACCUUCAUGAGUACAAUGCUCCGACCCACCGAGAGCCACUGCACCCCCCAGCUGCCCACACAGGAACACAACCAACCAGGUGUGCUCCACCUGCCCCAUGGCCACCCCCAGCAUGGUGCACCCCAGCCAGGCCAACACCUUGGGGGCAACCCCUACCUGAAGCAGCAGCAGCAGCAACAACAACAACAACAACAACAACAGGACCACCAGGGGCACCACCUGUACCAGCUCCAGCAUCACCUGACCCAGCCUGACCCUGCACACCUCCACAGCCUCCACCAGAGGGCGCUUCAGCAGGUCCAGAAGAAGCGGGGGCUGGUUGGAGGGGGUCAGAAACAACACCACCAGGAGAAGGGAGGAGUUCAGCAGCACCAGCAUCAACAGUCACAACAAUCACAUCAACAACAACCUCAAACACACCAGCAGCACCAGCAACAGUCGCAGCAGCACCAGCAACAGUCACAACAACAGCACCAACAGCAAACACAACAACCGCACCAACCACAAGCCCUGUCACAGCAGCAACAUCUGCAACAACAGCAGCACCAGCAGCAGAGCUCCCACUCCAGACACCAGCACCUCCAGCAGCAACAGAUCCAGCACUUUGGGUCGCAGCACCAGGAGAAGAGCUGUGAGGCCCAGCCAGGACCAGCGGGACCCCGAGGUCACCACAGCAGCCACCUGGCCCAGGAACACCUCAAGUCUGAUCAGGACCACAGCACCCUGCAGAGGCUGAUGAGCUCUAGAAACCUGGAGCAGCACCUGACCUCCCAGCCCAGCAACCCUGCCUCCCAGCCCUCCGACCUGGGCUGUGCUCCCCCGCGCCAGGAUCACCACCGCGUCUCCAGCUACUCUGCAGAGGCCCUCAUUGGGAAGGGCUCGUCUAGUGAUGAGCAGCAGCGCAUGGUGCUUCAUCUGCAGGCCACCCGCGGUACUACACAGGAACAGCCAGACCUACGGGGAUACCUGGACACACCCAGAGUGAAGGGCAAUGUCACACACAACCCUCAGAGCCGGCUGCCCCCAGACCACCCAGGUUCUGCAGACGUCCAGAGGGUCUCUGAGUGUCCUCCGUUUAAAACAAUGGCCGGUGCUGAAGGGGGGCAUCAGCUGGGGGGCUUUGAGGACAUGACACCUAAAUCAGGUCCCUCUUCUCAGAGAGGCCAGCAGGGGGGUUUCAGGAUGAACCAGGGGCCUCCAGGGGAUGGGCGAACCCGUGGGGGGUACAGUGGACCCCAUCCUGGGAUGCAGAUUGGUGCUCCAGGUCUUACCCGGGACCAGGAGGGGUGUCAUCAGAGUUUUAUGCAGAGUCUCCUGGAGCAGACCGACCACCAGAGGGCAGUCCAGUGCUGUCCUCCGGUCAGUAUGGAGUACGGCUGUGUGUCUGGCAGCUCUGUAGGGGACAUGCAGGCUAAAGCAUCCAGCCCCAGUGUUCCUCCCACUCAGAAGGCCCCAGCUAUGAGGCUUGGGGAGUGCAACAAGGGCCACAUUCCUCAUGGUAGUGGGAACAUGAGCACCCACCCAGGGGUACGGACAGGCCUCCCCCACCCCCUUACCCCCCACAACAGCUCUGAGCCAGGCCGCACCACAGCCUCCUCCAGACCGCCCACCGCAGUCAGCCAGCGCUCCCGCCAAAUCACCCAGGAGGCCCAGAGCGGGAAGCUGAGGCCUGGAGAGCGACCACGGUCAGGCAGCCUGAGACCUGGGAACCCCUUUGAGCCUGACGUCCACCUGCUGGGUCGACCACAGUCGGGGAGUGAGGCGCGGCGCAGCAGUAUCGUUCGCUUUAUGGCAGACAGUGCCCAGGUCUCCGGGGACAACAACCUGGUGCCUGACCAACACCUGGCCCAGAACUUUGGCUUCUCCUUCAUGCCGGAUGGAGGAAUGAACCUCCCUCCUAUCAACGCCAACCCUACUUUCAUCCCCCCUGUUAGCCAGACCAACUCCUCCCGCCCCUCGGCCCUGCUCCCCGUAGAGCCGCAGAACACCUUACCCUCCUUCUACCCCUCCUACCCCCCUGCCGCCCACCCCAGCCUGGCCAGCGACAUCCCCAUCCAGUACUUCUCCAACCAGAUGUUCACCAGCCCCGGCACCGACAAGAGCAGUUCUGCCCCCCUCAACAACCGCUUCGGCUCCAUCCUGUCUCCCCCGCGCUCCGUAGGGUUCGCCCAGGCAACCUUCCCCCUACUCUCAGACAUGCCCCCUAUGCCCAUCAGCAACUCGUCUGGCAUCACCCCACACCUGUCCAACUUCAGUCUCACUUCGCUGUUCCCUGAGAUCGCCACGGCGAUGCAGCCUGAUGGUUCUGCCAUGCCAAUGUCCCCUUUGCUGUCGCUCUCCAACAAUUCCUCUGCAGACUCAGGCAAGCAGCCCAACCGCCUCGCCCACAACAUCAGCCAUAUCCUGGGGCAUGAUGGGAGCUCUGCCGUGUAGGUGAGGGGACUUAAGGUGUUGUCGUGCCAACGUGGCAGUCAGGAAUGUUCUGAUUCCAUUUCAGACUAAACAUUUACUGAGUUGUAUUACGUGGAGUAAUGUCAUGCCAUGGCCAAUUGAAUUGACAGGAUUUCAACUGUUCUGUUUGGAUUAAAGUGGGUGGAAGGGCUGAUCUUUUCUGUUGGUCAGCUGAAUGGUUUUUAUCAUAUUAUUUAUGGUUAGUGUUAUACUUUAACUUCCUGGCAGUUCUAUCGAUACCCUAACAUGGCAGUGGUUGCCCUAGUUACUGAAGUCAUAGAAUUUCACUGAUCAGGCACUCCUAUGGCUCUAGGAUGGGGGAAAUGAAGCUCGUAAACCAUAUGGUUUGCAAAUAGGUCUGACUUAUCUGCUAGUAAAAUUAUAUGAAGAGUUUUGUAAUUUCAUUGACUAACUUCUAAUGAGGAUCCAUUCUCAAACUUAAAUUGACUAACUUAAAAUCAGGGUGUACAGUACAGAAUAUAUGAGAUGUUUUGUAAAUAAGUUUAUGAUAAUUGUUAGUUUGAUAUGUGUGUAUCUGUAAAUAAAUAAAGUUGAUUACAUUUUUUUUAUUGAUUAGAA